GCGCAGCUGUGGCAGCAUACGUGCAUGCAUUUGACUUGCGUCACUCUCCCUCCCCCGCACCUGAUUCGUCAUACGUCGCACGCGAGCGAUAGCAAUUGAGCCGCAGUAGGUAACAUGUGCGCUUUCUUAGGUUAUUGUUGUCGAAUUGCGAUCAUGUCUACUGAUCACUGUAUUUUCUUUCGAAACGAAUUAUUUUCGAGGGGCUAAGGGCGGAAAGCGUGUUUAGUGACCCUACUGCGCUCUUGUGUGCGAGUUGUGUACUAUAGUUAUCACAAUGGCUUCCGUAAAAGACACUGCAACUUUCUUUGCUAAAGGAACUUCGAAUCAAUUUGAGCAUGUUUUGAAGUUAUACCCUCAAGCUUUACGUUUACGUGCUGAUAAGAAGACUAAGAAACCGGAAGAACUGAUAAAGUUGGAUAACUGGUAUCAGAAUGAGUUACCAAAAAAGAUUAAAUCACGGGGAAAAGAUGCCCACUUAAGUCAUGAAGAAUUAGUUCAAACCAUGAAAUGGAAACAAACUAGAGGGAAGUUUUAUCCACAGCUGUCAUACCUGGUAAAAGUCAAUACACCGCGUGCUGUGAUGAUGGAGACCAAAAAAGCCUUCCGCAAACUUCCCAAUCUGGAACAGGCUAUCACAGCCCUCAGCAAUCUGAAAGGCGUAGGCACCACAAUGGCCUCAGCUCUGCUGGCAGCGGCAGCUCCUGAUCAAGCUCCUUUCAUGGCUGAUGAAUGCUUGAUGGCUAUCCCAGAGAUAGAGGGAAUUGACUACACUACCAAGGAAUAUCUAAACUUUGUUCAGCAUAUUCAGUCAACUGUGGAAAGAUUGAAUAAAGAGAGCACCAAUGGUUCCACUGGUACGUGGAAUCCUCAUCAAGUGGAACUGGCCUUGUGGACUCAUUAUGUAGCCUCAGAGUUGAAACCUGAUCUACUCGAUAAUAUCCCAAGUCCUGCAGAGAAUGGAACUGCAACUCAUUAUGAGCAGAAGAACGGAGAAUCAGAAAUUAAGACACAGGAUGGGGAGCAGAGCUCAGACGAGAGUACCCGUGAUUCUGCUAAUGGUAAACAUCCGGUAGAUGGUGUAGCAGAUGACACCACAUCGUUCACAGAAGAUUCUAUGGACAAACCAGCCACACCAGCAGAUAAUGGUGCCGUUGGCCCAGGAUCUGUAACAGCAGUGGACGAGAACACCAACGAUUCAGCUGCAAGCUGUGGUGCUGAGCCUGCAGCUCCUGCUGAAGAUGAGGAAACCAGCAGCAGUCUGGAGGAGCCCCCCGCCAAGAAGACAAAAGUGGAUGAAGAGGAGGAAGAAAAGUGACCGAUGUACCGUAUUUUUUAUUGAAAUGUUUGCUGACUCCUAGUAAGACAGUGGUCAUCACUCUUACACUAUGGUUGGAAAAAGUUCUUUUUUUAAUUUAAUACAGCAGUAUCGUGGAAAUUACCGCAAGGAUUAUUGUACCAUUCAGUGAUGCUCAGUACCCGGUACUAGCAGUGAAGGGAACUCGAACAAUUAAUUUUCUUUCUCUAACGGUGUUUUGUUUAUGAAAUGCCACACACUCAUCCAUUUGUUCAUUAUCAUAUCACCCCAUUGAUAGUCUCACAAUGCUGUAAGUACAGUACAUAUAUAGUUCAUACAUAGUUUUGUAGUGCCGUUAUACAUUGCAGACGUGCAGAAGCCAGUUUUUCUUUAUCUGGUGCAUACACGGAGCCCACAACAACCGGAGCAGACAUUUAAAAAUUUUAUGUUAAUAAUUUUUAAUGUAAUUUUUGUUUUUGAUUUUCUACAGACUUUUAAAGGGUCAUGUGUGACAUGGUGUGUCACACUGAUGCUAACAAACCAAAAAUGUCCUAAUUUAUGGACAAAAUGAGGGGAUUCUUUUCUCUUUCAUUUUACAGUAGGUUUUUCAUUUGUGUAUACUCAACAUUCCAAGGUAAAUGUGCAAGAGGGUAGGGUAUCUGGACUUCACACUUGUAUUUAUGUCCAGCUGCCCCAGUGCCCACAGCUCUCUCUACCAACAACUCGCCAUGCUCUGUCGAACAUUUGCCAGGUGAAGGUGUGAUAUUUUGAAGCUAAAUUAAACUUUGCAAUUGCAACUAGAUUUUUUUUCUUUUUUUUUUUUUCCAAUCUUGUGGUGAAAUACAAAGGUAGUGCUGGGACUCCUUGUAGUAUUUCUAUAGUAGUUCAUCUUUGUGGGUGAGGUGGGAUUUUAUUUUCACCGUUUUGUGUUUGCAGCUGUAGGGAACCUGUUAGCUGUGCUUGCUCUGGCGUGAUAUGUAUAUUUUGGUCGUGUGUUUGAAAGCGUCAAGAGGGCUCAAGGAAUAUUCCCCAAUCUUUAUAUAAACAGCUGUUUGCACAGCACCCCGCUCAGGUGCUAGGAAGUGUUAAACCCAAGCUCUGCCUCAGGUGAAUUGAAGUUGGAAAUCCAGUUGUGAAUAAGUGAAAUGUAUGAUUUUCUUUGGUUUAUUGAUGAAUAUUCUGUUAGAAACUUCAAUUUUAUUCUCAAAAUUCCAGAGACUGUUUCAAUGUUCUGAUUUUCCAUGAGAAUUCAAUGUGCAAAAAUAUUUUUAUACAGAUUGUUCACUGGUGAAGACUUUGAUUUUAAUGAUAAGUGAACCAUAUCAUGCUUGCCAAACAAAGCCUGUGGUCUUGCACUUCUCCAAAACAGAAAUUAGCCUUUUCAUAGCUGGUCUGGAGAGUGCGGAGGUGAGAGCCCUUACCCACUCCCCCUCAGGGCCAGUGUUCAAGAUGCAGAAGUUGAGUGAGAGAGAUCCCUGCUGUGCCUUCAGACCGAGCAUACAGCCCUCAGUGUUCGUGAAUCACUGCUGGCCCGGGCUGCAGGGAGCCGCAAUGCGUGUGCAGUUCUGGUUAGCAGAGUUGCCACCCAGUAGACUCCCGAGCAAAACUGACCCUCUGUAGAAAUGUUGAGUAUUGUGUGUUGUGUAGAGUGAUCGAAUAUCUGUGUGCUGAUGGUAAUCACUUGAUGCAGUUGCUGCCCUCGAGUACAAACAUACAAAUCAUAAUAAGCCAACUGAACAUACGAGUGCAUGAUCUGAUGCACAGCCUGCUUAGGGUACCCCACCCAUCUGCAAUAAUAAUGGCUGAACACCCCAGCUUUGACAUUCCCAAAUAACUUAAAUUUAUUGAAUAGUGCUUGGGAUGGGACUGCUCCUGCGGUUCCCUGCUGGGUUGGGAACUUUGGGGGCUGUUCUGUUCUGGCAUUCAACCUAAGUGCUCAGGCUUAUUUCUGUUUGCUUUCUGUGGUUUAUGCCAAUUCUUUUUGUCUCUCUCUUGGGGAUAGCUGCACAAACCCUCGACUGUUUCCAAGCACCUGGCCUGCUGCGGUGCCCUUACCGACUGGGAGGGAUGGGCCCCACUACCUGCAUGCCUUGGGUCCCUUCCUGUAGCCUGACCUAUAGACUGAUUAAGUAGGGGAUGUUUCUGGGGGCGUCCUUGUUUUUAUGUAGAGCAAGUAAUAUCUGACAUUGCCAUUCUCUGAAACAAAUUGCCUUUAGACAUUUUUCACAGGUGCAUACCUUUUACUCAUCUUGAAAGGACACGAUUAUGAGUUGAAAUGAACUGUAAAAAGGUAUUUAAGUAUCAACUAAUGUAUGAAAAAAAAUCAAAAUGAAAAAAAAUUCCGUAUCAUGUACUAUUUUUUAUAUUUUAUGACAUUGUAGGUAGUGUUCAAUUGUUCAUGAUUCUCAACAUUAUGCUAGCUGUAGUCUGUAGCAGGCUGGGACAGCAUCACCAUAUAUUCACUCAAUGGCCUUACACAGAGUUUUGAAUGUUUCAUAAACUGAGUCACUGUUAACUUUGGUUAGUUGAUUGUGGUUUAGAAAUUCAGAGCCAUUCUGAUUAAAGUGAAGUUGAGUAAAUAAACUACAUCAUCCACUGAUAAUACCAUUUAAUUUAUGAAAAUAUACUGUAAUUUAUACUUGAUGUACUGCUGCAAUUUACCUCCUUGUGGCCCUGCCUCCUAUUUCUUUGCCAAAUCCUUGCACUGGGUAUGCUCUCUUUGAGAUGUGAAUUAUCAAAACUUGCAUGCUCUAGGAAGGGUGCUGUAAAUUAUAUAAAGCAUAAUGUCCUGUAAAUAGUAUAUUUGUACUUUUAACUUGCAAGUGGAAAUUCUACAAUAUUAUUUCUGUUACAAUUGAAGAAAGGCAGUACAUUAUUACAAAUAACAUGGCAACAACAAUACACAAAUAUAAAGACUGCCAUUAGGAAACAGGAUAUUUCAACAACGUUGCUAAAUGCUGUACAAAUGGAAACAUUGAGCCCUGCAGGUUUAUACAUUGAUGCAUAACAGUUAUUAUUGCAGGGAGGGACAGAGAAAAUAAGGAAAUGAUUAAUUCAUAUACGCAUCGCUACUUCUAUGGUGGAGAAUUGUUCAUAAGGAGAUGGGCAAUAUAUAGCAUUUUUCGAGCAUUUCCACGUAAUACUAUUAUAACAAUUACGAUAGGAGAGGACGGGUCAUCAAUAGAAAUGCCGCGAAAUUUGCUUGGUACGAGUUACGUAAGCACAUUGCGACGCGAGACUUCAAAUUUCGGCCCCCGAUUUUUAUGACCUUGGUGCCGCUAACCUUCACGAAAACAGUGCUCAUUACGCUAAUCCCUGCAUACCUCGCCUGAUCGUCCCAACGAAUCGUAUAAGGGUCCAUCAUUUAUUGUUGCGCUACAGUGCGUUUGCACAUAAACCGCGCGAACGUGUGAGAAACUGAUUUUGUACUUGCUCUUUAAAUGGACGAGGAAACGUAUAUAACGCGAGUAGUGCGGUUUACUUGUAAUUAUGGUAUCAUCUAACAGUGCUAUCGUCGUCCGCCGAGUCUUUGGCCGUGAGGACGGAGUCCUCUACAGAAAUUCCGCGUGGGGGGACUAGCAUGCGCAAAAGCUACAAAGUAUCGAACCAAUAACUGAAAAAAAUUGCUUUCCACUGACGAGUAACAAAAAUUUUUCAAGUAAUAUACUUUCAUGGACUUCGGGAUUCGCGAAAUAAUGGAUAUUUAUUGUCACGAGGCGUAGAGAAAAUACCAGAUAUCUUGAACAAGCCGUGAUUUUUGAUAGAAUUGUUUAAGAAAGAUUGCUUUUUCGCAUAUGUGUUGUAUGAAAAAUUUUAUUACUGGACGUAUGUGUAUCAUAAACUAAAUAUACGCGAGGUUCAUUGCUAUUAUAAAUACCUCUACGUAAUGACGACCGCUCUUGUGUAUGAUUCGGGGUUUCAACAUCCAAAUGAAGGUAGAGGAACGGGAUAAAAUAUCUGAAGGAAACAAUUAUCAACGUGGCGCUACGAAACAGAAUAGGUUCGAUGCUAUGAUCUAGGAUGCUCGGUACGUCUGAGGGGUGCUCCUAUUUGCCCCGCUGGAGUUGCUACUGGACGUUGCGGCUGCGGCUGACUAUUAGGGUCGGAUUGAGACAUUGCAGGCCCUUGAGCUGGCUCUAAGUGCUAUGAGGAUCCGAAAAAAGAGAGACUUCCAAUAAUAUUUGAUUAGAGUGUUACGAAUUUAUACAAUCACUUUUCCUUCCAGUAACGGGUGCGAGUGUGGGCCACGGGUACAUCCCUCCCUCCCUAAACCAACAUUUUUUUGUUGUUGUAAUUUUCUCCAAAUUACUGAACAUGGUAACCGAAUAUAGAUCUCAUCAGAUCCAUAAUAUUCUCAUAAUUAAUGUACAUUUAAAAAAAUGUCAAGCUAACAAUUAAAAAAAUAUUACUCAAAAAUAUUUAUGGAAGCUCCUUACCGACCCCCACCCCCACCCGUAAUGCUUUCUGGACCAGCCCGUUUCCGCUCCUCAUUCAUGAGUCAUCCAGUGUGCACGGCUACGUCACCCGGAAUCUCCCGUAUCUGUAUUUUAAUGAAUGAACGUGCGUAUGGAGGUCUCCCAAGUGGGCGUGACCCAGUCUCAAUGCCUCCAUCCGACCCUGGACGCUACGUUAGGGAUGCGACACCGCCAACAAAACAUCGCUGUUUCUGAACAACUGUGUCGCCCUAAAACCAUCGAUUUUUUAAAAAUCUGCGUUAGUGACCAUGUUUA